AUGGAGAAAGCUGUAAGCCUAACCAUAUCAUUCUUCUUUUUCAUAUUCUAUUAUUUUGUGUCCCUCGUUUCAUCUGUUGACACCCUUACACAUGGGGAUAGUCUAAAGUCAUCUGCUUCCUUGGUUUCUGAUAACAAAGUUUUCACUUUAGGAUUCUACAAGCCCGAAGAUACCAAUAAUACUUAUUUAGGAAUAUGGUACACAGAGUCUUCGGACUAUCCAAAAAAAAUUUAUCCGGUAUGGCUUGGUAACAGAGAAAAACCUAUUAUGGAUAAUUCUGGCAUUCUCACAAUAAGUAGUGCUGGAAAACUUAUUAUAACAAGCAACACAUCAGAUCCUAUUGAGCUGUAUGCAGGCGGAAAUGGCACCAAUAUGACAGCCAAGCUGUUGAAUUCGGGGAAUUUUGUAGUGAUGAAUGGUUCUGCAGGCGACAUUUUGUGGGAAAGCUUUGAUUAUCCCACUGAUACUCUUAUUCCGGGGAUGAAACUAGGUGUUAAUCACAGGACUGGGAGAAAUUGGUCUCUUACAUCAUGGUUUAACGAAACCGAUCCUGCUUCAGGAGCUUUUACGCUAGAAUGGGAUCCUGUUACACGUAGACUGAUUGUACUACGACGAGGGUUGGCUUAUUGGACCAGUGGCGACUUGAAAAAUUAUACGGAUGAGAACUCGAGAUUGAAUGUUAAGGAGUUUGAGAAUAUAGUCCCUAAACCCGAUACAAAUAUUAAAUACAAUUUCACCAAAGUUUCAAAUGGUGCGGAGGAUUACUUCAGCUACUCCCUUUUUGAUUCCGAGAGGACAUCUGAACGUCUAGCAACUAUUUCUGGAUGGCGGCUGGAAUAUGACGGGGAUAUAUAUGAUCAGGAGAGGGUAACGAGUAUCGCACUAGUUAGUCUCUGUUAUGGUGAUAGCAUACAAGGCUGUGAAUUAGGGGAGCUGCCAAGAUGCAGGAAUCAUAAUGACAAAUUUGUUUCGAAAUCAGGGCAUUUCGCUAAUGGAGAUGGACAGAGAGUGAAUGCAUCUGCUGCUGAUGAUAAUGCAAGUCCUCCUGAGACUGAGAGUGACUGCAGAGAGAACUGCUGGAAGGACUGUGAAUGUGUAGGCUUUACGAGUGGAUAUGAAUAUGGAUGUUUACACUGGAAAGGGAAAAAAUUGACUUUUGUAGAGAGCUUUGAUAGUUCUGAACCUAAACAAUUCGUUCUUGAUCCACACUCAACCAAAAGGAAAAGGAAGGAGGAAGAAUUACGGAAAAGAAAGGAGGAAGAAUUACCAGAAAGAAAGGAAGAAUUCCGUGAACUGAUGACCCUAGAGGAACAUGAUAUUAGACUGUUUACAUAUUCAUCUAUCGUUGAAGCUACGGGCAGCUUCUCGUCGACAAACAAACUGGGAGAGGGUGGUUUUGGCCCUGUUUAUAAGCACAAUGUGAUAGAAGCAAAUACAAAUAAGCGUGCUGGGACAUAUGGUUAUAUGGCUCCUGAGUACGCGAUGCAGGGUAUUUACUCUGUCAAAUCGGAUGUCUAUAGUUUUGGAGUUUUAGUACUUGAGAUUGUGAGUGGUCGAAAAAACAAUAGCUUCCACAAUGAAGAAGGUCCUCUCAAUCUAGUAGAAUAUGCUUGGGAACUUUGGAGUAAAGAUGCUGCAUUAGAGCUCAUGGAUCCGAUACUGAAAAAAACCGAUCCCGCUCCAGGAGCUUUUACGCUAGAAUGGGAUCCUGGCACACGUAGACUGAUUGUACUACGACGAGGGUUGGCUUAUUGGACCAGUGGCGACUUGAAAAAUUAUACGGAUGAGAACUCGAGAUUGAAUGUCAAGGAAUUUGAGAAUAUAGUCCCUAAACCCGAUACAAAUAUUAAAUACAAUUUCACCAAUGUUUCAAAUGGUGUGGAGGAUUACUUCAGCUACUCCCUUAUUGACUCCGAGCGGACAUGUGAACGUCUAACAACUAUUUCUGGAUGGAUGCUGGAAUAUGACGGGGAUAUAUAUGAUCAGGAGAGGGUAACGAGUAUCGCACAAGUUAGUCUCUGUUAUGGUGAUAACAUACAAGGCUGUGAAUUAGGGGAGCAGCCAAGAUGCAGGAAUCAUAAUGACAAAUUUGUUUCGAAAUCAGGGCAUUUCGCUAAUGGAGAUGGACAGAGAGUGAAUGCAUCUGCUGCUGAUAAUAAUGCAAGUCCUACUGAGAGUGACUGCAGAGAGAACUGCUGGAAGGACUGUGAAUGUGUAGGCUUUACGAGUGGAUAUGAAUAUGGAUGUUUACACUGGAAAGGGAGAAAUUUGACUUUUGUAGAGAGCUUUGAUGGUUCUGAACCUAAACAAUUCGUUCUUGUUUCAGAGGCUUCAAACAAAACAGAGUCUUCAACCAAAACAGAGUCUUCAACCAAAACUAAUAAGAGUACCUCUCAAGUUUCACUAUUGGUUGCUUUUGUGUUAUUGGUUACAAAAUGA